CGUGAUACGAACCUUAUUGUAUUUCAGGUGGUACCGUCUUAAAGCGCCGUCUGGGGCUGUUGCGCCCUUCCAAAUUUUAAUUCGCGAUAACGUAAAAUUUUUAUAACUGCAUUUAAAUGCAUUCAGUGCAAUUACGAAAAAUUUUCAGCGGUGUUCAUUUUUUUUGCGUUAAUUAUUUUUAAUUUAUUUUUAAAAUGUUUGUUGCAAGUAAUAUACAAAUCAUGAAGCGUAGGAUUAGCAUGAAGAUCUGAAUUGUCUCCAUAGCAUAUAAAAAUAUGCUUCAAGAAGUUUAUUAUGGACAGGCAAAUAAUCAAACAUUAAAUCCUACCACAGAAUAUUAUGAAAACUACGAAACCGAACCAACACUUUCUAAUUAUGAUAACGAACAAGGAAUUUUUGUACAUUGGAAACUGGGCGAAGAAAAAGAUACACAGUGUAAAUUCGCUUAUCAAAGACUGCUUAGUGAACAAUGUAAAACAGUUUAUAAUUUGACAGCCGCUAUAUUGAAACCAGUUUUGGAUCCUGUUCAAAGCUACGAAGCACUAUGGAGCAAAGGCGAGCUGGUGGCUGAUUUUGACAACAACUUUUUGGAAAUUCAAGAAUCGAAUAUUUCAGACUAUCUGUACGUUAACGCUUCAGCAUCCAUGAUGAGUAACAUAUCUUCCACGGAAAGCAAACUAACUCCAGUUCUUCCUCCGUUUAAAUUAUGGCAGAGUAUUAUAAUCACAGUAGUGCUGAUAUCUUGUAUCAUACUGACAGUGUCCGGAAAUAUUCUUGUGCUCCUUGCGUUCAUGGUCGAUAGAACAAUCAGACAACCUAGCAACUAUUUUAUAGCUUCGUUAGCGGCAACGGAUCUUUUAAUAGGUACUGUAUCGAUGCCAUUUUAUUCUGUGUACGUGAUAACUGGAUACUGGGAACUAGGGCCAUUACUAUGUGAUUUGUGGCUUUCGGUGGAUUACACGGUAUGUCUUGUAUCACAGUACACCGUAUUAUUAAUAACAAUCGAUCGAUACUGUUCGGUAAAAUUCGCGGCCAAAUAUCGCGGUUGGAGGACGAAAAACAAAGUAAUAUGGAUGGUGACGAUAACGUGGAUAGUACCGGCCUUGUUAUUUUUCAUUAGUAUAUUUGGUUGGGAGCAUUUUGUCGGCUAUCGCGAUCUACUGCCAGGCCAAUGCGCCGUACAAUUCUUGAAAAACCCGGUCUUCAAUACAGCCCUGAUAAUCGGAUACUAUUGGGUAACGUUGGUGGUGCUGUUCGUUUUGUACGGCGGAAUCUACCGGGUAGCUUACGAGAUGCAGAAGAAAAGCGAAGCGAAGCAAAGAAAAAUGCGUUCCAUGGUGGCACUCAGUGCGGGAGCGAUGCAGGGAAUGGCAGGCCGAGCGGCUGGUCUGGAUUCCAAAGUUAUCACUAGUGAGAAUAAUACUAAAGUCUGCCACGGCUUGACUGAGGGAGGUUUGACGGUGGGCCAGCAAAGUAGUGGCGGCGAGUCGACAUCGGGUCAGAAUAUUUCGUCGAAAUGCACAACGUCGUCCAAUACUGCCACAAACAAUCACGAUAAAAAAACCGAAAUCGUUAUCGUCGAAAAAGAACGCAGCAGUAGUCCGACUUUUGAAUCAGACGACGAGAGUUCUUCGAAUAAUAAUAUGGCUCCCAGUACGUGGAUCUUGAGGCGGAAAUCGGUGGCUGGGUUAUUAGUGCAGUCAGCUUUGGUGAGUCCUCAUACAGGUCCUGGUAUCUUGCAACGAUCGUUCGAACUUCAGACCGAAUUAUCUGUACCGAAAUUCCAGAACAAAAUUCCAUCUCCGGCUAAAGUGAUCAAAGCCGCAUCUUACGAAAAAAUUGAAGAGACUACGAAAGUGAAACCGUUUGAAAAACCAGAAGAAGCGAUUACGCUGAAACGUAGCAGCGUUAACGGCAUCAUUAAUGGAAUGAUACCGGAAUUAAAAAGUUCAGAGCCGGUCAAUCCUGUAGGCAUCGUUAAUGGUAUGAUACCAGAAUCAAAAAGUCCCGAACCGGCGAAUUCGCCUAUUGAAACGUUAGCUGGAUCGACUCCAGAUCAAUUAUCAUCUAAAACGCUUACUCCACUGGCUAGUCCAGGCAGUCCAGAAGAGAAAAGUGAAAUUUCCGGUUCCGGUAAAUGGAGCAAUCAAAGUAGUUUGAAAAAAUUCCAUCGCAUAAUAACACCUCCGUCGCAGUUCCGCACCAGCACCUCGGUUUCAGAGAGUUCAUCUUCCAGCUUAGGUCGACCAAAAAGUUUAUUUAUAGGCAACAGUACCGUCACCUACGAUAUGCUCAUUGGUCUGGAUACCGCCGAUUUGAAAUACAUGGACGAAAGCUCCAUAAUCAUACCGUCCCCAAACAUCGAAAGUCCUCCAUCUUCGAUGAGUUUCCCAAACACAUCGUCAACCGGGCCACCAUCUCCGGUACACGUAGCAACCAGCACCACAUCACUGCUACAAGCCGCCCUGCUAAGAGCUGCUGCUCAGCAAAUGAUGAAUAGCAACUCAAAAGCCACCAAUACGCCGGUCGUGUCCAAAGUUGAUACCGCGGUUACCGUCGACCUUGAUACCGAAAAAGCCUCUACCAUGGUCAUCACUGUCGAAGAAACCGAAGAACCUUCGCAAACCGCCGGAACGCCUGCUACCGUAGUAUCAGCUAUGUCCACUUCUGGAAUAACCACUGCUCUGGCUCAAGAACAAUACCAACUAGAAGAAAAAUCAGACUCGAAAACCUCCAAAAAAGGUUCUACCAGAGAAUUCAUGAGAUCUAUUGGUAGUCGUUUCAAAGGUAAGAAGAGAAAAGCGGGGCCAUUGUUCGGUAGACAGAAAUCAAAAUCUGAAAACCGAGCCAGAAAAGCAUUUCGUACUAUUUCGUUCAUUUUGGGUGCGUUUGUAGCUUGUUGGACUCCUUAUCAUGUACUAGCAUUAGUUGAGGGAUUUUGUAAAGAUCCUCCUUGUACCAAUGAACAUUUGUUUAUGUUUUCUUAUUUCCUAUGCUACGCUAACAGCCCGAUAAAUCCUUUCUGUUAUGCACUAGCCAAUCAUCAAUUUAAGAAAACUUUUACGCGUAUUUUAAAAGGCGAUUUUCAUAUGACUUGAAAUAUGUACAAAUUCAAUACAAAUUUAUCUGUCGAUUUCAGAAUAUACGUACACUCGUUACUUUUUUCCAAUUUUGUACCCUGUCCUUACGUACAAAUAAAUUUCAAUUUUGCAGGGUGUCCGAUGUGUGAUUGUAUCCACAUAAAAUACCAAAUUUUAUAGACAAACAGAAAGCCCCUUCCAACGAAAUGGGUUUGAAUUUACCAGGGAGUCACAUUUACCUGUUGCUUGUAGCUUUUUCAAUUUUAAAGGAAGAUACUUUUUUUGUUGAAGAACUUCGUUUGUUCAUCCUCAUAAGUUACUCUAUAAAACUGAAGCUGAAAUUACUCGUAAUAAAAAUUAUAUUUAAACAUUUUUUUUUUUUUGAAUAUUCAGGUUUUUUCGGACACCCUGUAACUAUAAUAAUAGAAAAAUUUUCAAUAUUAGAAUACCAAAAACAUAAUAUAGAAUUUUCCCACAUGCGAGAAUUUUUUUUAGAAUCAAAAAUACCUACCUAUUUAAGUAUAGCAUCGAACAAAAAACUAAUUGAUCUUUAGAAAAAAUUCUACGACGAUUAUAUACCGAGAACAGAAGACUGUGAUGUGUUAAAACAUACGAUUACGCAUCAUUAGGAGUUUCAAAACACGAGACAAUACCAUAUUGUAUAUCAAUAUAUAUGUUUUUAAAUGUUUUGAUAGAUUUUUAUUUUAUAUAGUUAAUUAUUUUAAAAUAAUGUGCAGGUUACUAAUCAUGUUAAUUGUGUAUAAAACUUUUAUAUUCUUUUGUACAAAAUACGUUUUUGUUUUUUUUGUUUUUAUUUUGUUCGUUUUAAUCACUACUAUUUCCGUUAAAACAAUCAGCGCGAGAAUAAAUAAAAAUACUUUACAAAUUACCUGAGCCCAAUUUGUAAAGUAAUUUUAUUUUAAUCGAUAUAUCACAUCAGAAACAUGUAAUUAUUCUGCUAUACAUAGAGGUUCUCUUUCUACCCUUUUUGUUUUUCAAUGUAACAAACUAUACAAUUACUUAACAUAACUUUGUACGUCGUCGUCUUUGAAAAAGACGUUAAUUUUUCAAUGAUUUUCAAUUACAAUUUUUUUUUUUUUUGUUAAGUUUAAGCGUCAUUUCAUUGUAUGUACAUAUUCGUAUGUUUGUAUUGAAAUAAGAAAUCGAAUCUGAGGGCAUGUAUAGAUGUAAUUAUUUAGAUAAAUCAAUAAAAUAACCGCUAAAAAUGCUACGCAUAAAAAAUUCAACAAUUUACGAAAAUAUGAACUUUUUUUCAAUUGGAAAUACGAAAUUUUCACAUAUCUUUUUUUUUUUUUGAAAUACAUACAUAUCUAUCUUUUUGAAAGCAAUGCUGAAAGAAUUUAUGUUUCUCUCUAGACACAUUUGACAUUUUUCUGCUGCUGGUGCAAAUUCAAAAAUUGGCAAACAUUUGUUACUAAGACAAGUAGGUACAAGUACAAACUUUAUUUUUGAACUAAUAGUCGGGGGGCUCGCAUAAGGAUCACUUGCACACCCCUGCCGAUCCUCCGAGACAACUUUUUUCUUGAAGGGGGAGUCCUAAGGAACAUUUCUAGCCCUUAUCCUCCUCAAAAAAAAGUGGCCCUACUUACAAAAUGGCGGCCAUUUUAAUUGACAGGUCAGCCAAAAUCGCAGAUUUUGCGUUCCAACAUAGGACUAGAAUAAAAAUUUUCAGAUCGAAAGAGCAGGCAAAAAUUCAUCACCUGUCAAAACUUCAAGUGCUAAAGUGCUUUUUUCGAUUUUGGUGAAUUUUCAAAAAUCAAAUUUUGGCCAAAAUGUGAGAAAAAAAUCAACAUUUUAUCAAAUUGACCUAUUGAAAUUUGGGAUAUACCCUAUUUUCGACCUGCCAAAUCGAUUGGAAACUGUUUCAAACCGUUUUAAGGCACAUUAAAAUCCACCAUAUACAAAACAAAAAUAAAUUAAUCCUACUUCACCAUGAGUAGGUAGGAUAUGGAGAAUGAUAUACACAUCAGUAGAAAAAAAUUCAUAAGGAAUAUCACUUUUCCCUAGACAAAAAUCUGAGAGAAGAUCUGCAAAAGAAGGAAAAAAUACAACGAAAAUUAUUCAAUUUAAACCUGUAGUUUCUAUACAAGUUUUUUGAAAAAAUCCAGUCAUUACACAGACACGUUUAAAAAUCAAAAACCACUGACUUUUGUCACAAAAAGAGCAACAACAGGUUGAAAAACUUGCCUUUGCGGCGCAAUGAAAGUAUCAACAUCGAAAUUGAGUAGGUAGGUAUUCUCUUACCAUCAUACUGCUAUGAAAAAUGUCACUGUGUUUGGAGAUAUUCUCAUUAUGAUAUAAAAGUAGUGAUCUUUCUUGAAAGAAAAGGUUUAAAACAGUUUUACAAAAUUAUCAAAAAUUCAUAAGAACAUAACAUAAAUGUACCAUGUACCAAUUCGUAGUUCAAAAAAUUUCACAUACGUAUGUAUGUACUUGAUCAGUAAUACCUAUCUCAAAAAUUUGCAAAUUGGCGUAGCCAACAAAGUGGGUAAUUAGAGAGAAUGAGAGUUUGUUUUCAAAAAGAUGCUUUGGUGCUUCAAAAAAAUAAAAAUAAUGAACAAAAAAUUUGACUGUUUAAAAUACCUAUUAACUUCCUCCGUCUUUCCAGAUGAGAGCGAGAGGAAGUAGAAAGAAAAUGCCAUUUAGCUCACGUUAGCAACAUUACCUCUACGAUUCAACUAAAAUUUCGUAUUUCUUCGGUACCGAUACGGUAUCACACAACGCAUAAAUUCAAUCAAAAUUUAAAAGUAAAACCCACACGAAACAUUAUUAGGCCAUAACCUGGGUAAAAAAUCUUUAAACUUACGUUGUUCGCUACGCCUAGGAGAUGAAUCAUUUUUUACGUCUACUCGAGAAAGUCGAUGUAAUGAUAAUAAAAUCGUGUUAUUUGAAUUAUCGAGUUUGACUCUACAUUCGAAUGAUAAUUUGUUACCAGAACCUAACAAUAAAGUACUUGCAAUUAUGUUAUCAAUCACGUCGCAAAAGAAAUUAGUUUAAAAAUUCGUAUAUUGUAAUCAAACAUAUUUUCAAAUUGAGAUUUUUUUAUUGGCUUCGAAUACUCGCCUAAAACAUCAUAAAAUGCUUUUAGUUUCUUCCAAAAUAUCGAGGAUGUUUUUCGAAGCAUUUCUGUGUUAGUUACCUGAAUUCUAAUUCUUAGAGUUGUGUUAUUUCCAGACAAUUUAUACUUUUAUAAUUAAAAAAAAAAAUGAUGUAUCCGUUGUUAGUAAUCAAGCCUAAAAGUGCUCUUUUCAAUAAAUGUUUUAUCGCUGUGA